GCCGCCGGAAGCGACCGUGCUUGGAGGGGCGGGUCCGUGGCCAGUAAAUAUUGGUGACGUCAGGCUGCCAAGAUGGCGGAGGGGGAAGAUGGAGGCUGGUGGCGGAGCUGGCUGCAGCAAAGCCUUCAAACAGUCAAAGAGAAGUCCACAGAGGCCUUGGAGUUCAUGAAGCGAGACCUGACAGAAUUCACACAGGUGGUCCAGCAUGACACAGCCUGCACGAUUGCGGCCACUGCCAGCGUGGUCAAAGAGAAACUGGCAACAGAGAACUCCUCGGGUGCCACUGAAAAGGUGAGGAAAGGGCUCUCCAACUUCCUGGGUGUCAUCUCAGACACAUUUGCCCCUUCGCCGGAUAAGACCAUUGACUGUGACGUCAUAACGCUGAUGGCCACCCCUUCGGGGACAACGGAAUUGUACGACAGUGCCAAGGCACGGCUAUACAGCCUUCAGUCGGACCCAGCCACUUAUUGCAAUGAACCUGAUGGACCCUCUCAACUUUUUGAGGCCUGGCUUUCACACUUCAACCUGGAGGAGAAAAAGGGGGAGAUCUCGGACUUGCUGGUGAACAGUCCUUCCAUCCGCUCCCUCUACUCCAAGAUGGUCCCAGCAGCAGUCUCCCACUCAGAGUUCUGGCAGCGCUAUUUCUACAAAGUCCAUCAGUUGGAGCAGGAGGAGGUCCGAAGGGAGGCCCUCAAGCAGCGAGCGGAGCAGAGCGUUCACUUAGAGGAGCCCAGAUGGGAGGAGGAAGAAGAGGAGUUUCUAGGGUCGUCGUCGUCAUCUCCCCAGCCCCACACGCAGCCUCCCUAUGAGGCAAAGCCUGCCCCUGUCUUGACAACAGAGGUCACUCCAACCCUGGAGGUAUCCAUGGAAAGCUGGGCCACGCUCAGCCCUACCCCGGCCGAGGCCACCCCAUCCGAAAGCAGCGAGAGUGUCUCCUUGAUGACGCAGGUCACAAACCCAGCUUCAGCCGCCGCCACUGCACCCGCCCUGCCCACACAGACUGACGCCCAGCUCUCCGGGGCAGGGGACCUCUCCCCACGGCUGCAGGAAGCCCCCAGAGAAGAGUCCAAGACAGCAGAGCCCACACAGCCCGCCUCAAUGCCCCAGGAUGAGAAACCUUCGCCAGAGAAGCAGCCCAAGGAGGUGGCUGAAAGUAAGGGGCAAAGCCGGACGGACGGUCCCCGAGAGGAAGGACCGAUGGACCUACGACUCUUCGAGCUUAACUCAGACAGCGGAAAAUCCACUCCUUCCAACAAUGGGAAAAAAGGUUCAAGCACAGACGUCAGCGAGGAUUGGGAGAAGGACUUUGAUCUGGACAUGACCGAAGAAGAGGUUCAGCUGGCCCUCUCCAAGGCGGACAUCACUGGGGAGCUGGAUGAUGAAGAAUGGGCAGACUGGGAGUAGCAGCCGGGGCCCUCACUUCCUGCGCAGCAGCAGCAGCAGCAGCGCAUCCUGGCCCCUUCUCCGGCGCCCCACACACCCCUCCGCACCAUCCAAUGUGAAUUAAAUCACAGAGCAACCGGC